AUGAGCGCCAUAACGCCCCCCUCCUUCGUCGAUGACGCCGCUUCGCUAUUCAAGCGCCUCCCCUCGCGCCCCACACCAGAUAACAUAGCACAAUGGAUUACUCACUGCGAGUCGGACGCCUCCUCAGUCUACACAGGCAGUUUCUUCGACGACGGCGUAAACAUGCUGAGUCGGAGUGGUGGCGAGACACGCGGCUUUGCAGCUGUGAAUGCAUGGGGCGACGAGGAAGCAAAAGAAGAAGAGAAGGGUAGGAGGGGGCUGGGUAGAGAUAGGAAAGGAUGGAGUGAAGACGUAAAGAGAGCGGUUGGUGGAGAUGUGCAGAGGAGUCUGAAUCGGAUUGGGGAGUUGCGUGGUGUUAGGGUUAAGAAAGCGAAUCGUGAAGGUAGGGGAGGUGAGAAGGGUGAAAAGGCGGGAGAGAAGGAAGAAAAGGUGACUGUGCCCAUGCCAGUGCAGUGGGGUACGUUUGUUAUCAAGAGUGACGACGGACGAGUCAUCGUUGUGGACGAGGAUGGCGAGUUUGACUCUGGGCCGUUGCGAGCUGAUACUGGAAAACAGCGACAGCAGCCGUGGGUUCGAGCGGAAUCUACGCUGUCGCCGCCUUCAGACAAAGGGAAGGGAACGGAGAGUUUGUACAAGGGGUGUGCAGAGAGGGGGGACAGAACAAAGAAAGAUGGAGGUAAAAGUACAGCGUCAUCGCCACGAAAAGCUCUCACUCCUGUCCUCGAAUUCGAAUACGAAGAUGGAUACUCGUUUCCUGGGAAUGCGGGUGGGCGGCCUUCGCAUACUGCAACUCCGGCCUUGUCUCCAGCUGUCUCGGUAAGCGAUGGGUAUGGCUACAUUGUCCCGGAAUCACUGGCCAAAACAAUCAGAGAAGGUUAUAGACAUGUCAAGCCAGGCUCUUUUGGGUUCAAGCAUGUUGUUUCCGAGAUGCAAGUCGAGUCCCGGGUUGCCUCGUGCAUCCACACACUACCGGGGAGCUGGCCAUCGCCCGAACCGUCACCCGUGAUGAGCUGGGAAAAGAAGGAGUCGGAAGUAUCCUGGAGCCGUGGGGAUAUUGGAGAUGCGUGGGAAAAGAAUAGUUCGGUUCGGUCAUGCAAGAGCGAGAAGACGAAGAAAGACAGAGGCAGCGUGUCGGUGAAGAGUCAUGCGACACACAGUGUGGCUACCAUGGAGGAUGCGCGAAGUAGUUCACCGGAAGGAAACGACAAGAAUGCCGGGAGGGGCUGGGGUGGUAGUGUGAAGAACUCGCAGAUCAGCAAGAAAGGAACUCGUCACAGCUCGGACGGAAGCAACAAUAGCAACAGUAGCGGCUGGGCCUCACCAUCCAAACUACCCCACCCCUUUACGUGGGCGGCCACCCGGUCCGACAGCGAAGACAGAUGGAGCGGCAGACGCAAAGCCGCAGAUAAUCCUGCGUGGACUGGCAUCGAGCCCCUUUUGUCUCAGCAAGACGCCCUGUGUCCUUCCUCAGCUCCUUCAGACGAGCCGGCGCGUCCCCCAAGCGAAGCAACGUGGAAUGGAUUCGAGAGACCAAAGACACUUAGUGACGUCAGCAUGGCGGAUUCCAGCAGCAUACGCGGAUCUCUGCGUAGCGAAGGCCGAGCAUCGAGUCGGCACGCAUCUCCAGCACACGGCAAGCGCAAAUGUGCCGCGGAACGUCAUCUCACCGCCAGCUCAGGCGGGCGGGGCAGAUGGAAGAAAGAAAUAAGGGUUGAAAAUUGCCAUGGCUGGGAGCACGGAAGCAGCGGAACAAGUACGGCGAGGCGCGCGCAUGGUCUGAAUGAGGAGAACGCGACGUAUCUCAGUGAGAACUGGGGAGGGACCCCUGUCGGCGGGGCUCAGUUGUAG